UGAGCUUUUAGGUUGGGUAUAAUACUUAAACUGCAGGGGGCAUACUUCUUUAACAGUUUGCUUGGGCGCCUUACUCAUGUUUAGGAGAAAACUACAAGCAUUAGAUUAUCCAAAUCCAAAUAAUUUUACCACUGACGAUGAAAGCAAGUUUCGCUUGUUUGUGGUUUGGCUGGAGGACCAGAAAAUCCGACACUACAAAAUAGAAGAACGUGCUAAGCUUAGGAAAACCGAGGCUCCUGAAUGGGACUCAGCAUUUAACGAGUAUCUUCAAGAUCUAGGGUGCCCUAUCAAAUCUCAUGAUAGGAAUGCAGUGACAGAAUGGUUGCUUGGCUAUGCUGUACGUCUAGUAUAUGGAGAUAAUGUAUCCAAAUACAAAGAAGCUUCAUAUAACCUGGAAACCAAAGAAAAACCUCAAAUCCAGUCAGCAAAUCCUUUAGAUAAUAUGGAUUUUGACAGUCCAGACUUCAAGGCAGGAGUGAUGUCAUUAGCCACCAUGUUGAACAUCCCACCACACAUUGAUCACAGAAUAGUGCUCAAGGCAAUUAGUCUUUUGAUUACUGAAAGACUCUCCAAGCAAGGUCUACAGGCUAAAGACAAAACAGUUGACCCUGGAAUAACAAUGGACAGUAUUGAUUUAGGAUUUGAAGCACCAGACUAUAUCAGCACCGAGGCUGCCAAGAUUUUACGUCUUCUACAUAUCAAGGAACUACGAGAGCUCCAAUCUCAGAUCAACCAAGCCAUUGUUGCUGUGCAGGCCAUCACAGCCAAUCCCAAGACUGAUCAAAGGCUGGGGAAAGUGGGCCGAUAACCUUGAUAGAGGAUGUUUAAGAGAAGUUAAAACAUGUUGAUGUUAAUGAGCUUUAACUCCAAUGCCAUUGUUUGAUUUCUUGAGCUUAUCUGGAAAUUUAAUUUGAUGAUGGUGAUGAUGAUCAUGAUGAAAGAAUCCUGGCACAAAGUUUUGAAAAGUUGGACGGAAGCCUUUAUACAUAUCAUAGGUUUCAGUCUGGACCCGCAUUUUUAGCUCCUUGUUAUGCUCUGUAGAAUUCAAUUAAAGAUCUAGAAUUCCUUCCGCACAAUAUAACAUGCUGAUGCUAUUUCUCUGCCAUUUUCAUUACUAUUAUAGGAACUCCUUCAGUCAUUACAUAGUUAAAGAUUUUUGUACUAUGUUUGAAAUUAUUUCAUGA